CCCCCCCCCCCCACGAUGGGGGUGCUGGUGGUGGGGUGCCGGCCCCCCCCGCGGGCGGGCGCUGAGGGUGCCGUGCCCCACCCAGGGGUGCUGCGGGAGGUGGGCACCGACUUCACGGUGGACGCGCGGGCGCUCACCAAGACGGGGGGUCCCCACGUCAAGGCGCGGGUGCGGAACCCCUCGGGCGCCACCACCGACACCUUCGUCACCGACCGCGGCGACGGCACCUACCGCGUGGAGUACACCCCCUACGAGGACGGCGUGCACCACGUGGAGGUGACCUACGACGAGGUGGGGGUCCCCAAUAGCCCCUUCCGCGUGGCGGUGAGCGAGGGCUGCGACCCCGGGCGCGUGCGGGCGCACGGCCCCGGCCUGGAGGGCGGCCUCGUCGGCAAGGCCAACCGCUUCACCGUGGAGACCAGGGGCGCGGGCACCGGGGGGCUGGGGCUGGCCAUCGAGGGCCCCUCCGAGGCCAAGAUGUCGUGCAAGGACAACAAGGACGGGAGCUGCUCGGUGGAGUACAUCCCCUUCACGCCCGGCGACUACGACGUCAACAUCACCUUCGGUGGCCACCCCAUCCCUGGGAGCCCCUUCCGGGUGCCGGUGAAGGACGUGGUGGACCCCGGGAAGGUGAAGUGCUCGGGGCCGGGGCUGGGCCCCACCGUCAGGGCCCACCUGCCCCAGACCUUCACCGUGGACUGCAGCGCCGCGGGGCGGGCGCCCCUCGAGGUCACGCUGCUGGGACCCUCGGGCCUGGCGGAGCCGGUCGAGGUCCGCGACAACGGCGACGGCACCCACAAGGUCACCUACACGCCGGGCGCGGCCGGGCCCUACGCGGCCGCCGUCACCUUCGCCGGGCAGGAGGUGCCGCGCAGCCCCUUCAAGAUCACGGCGGUGCCGGGGCACGACGCCAGCAAGGUGCGCGCCAGCGGGCCGGGGCUGAGCGCCGCCGGCAUCCCCGCCAGCCUGCCCGUGGAGUUCACCAUCGACGCCCGCGACGCCGGCGAGGGGCUGCUCACCGUCCAGAUCCUGGACCCCGAGGGGCAGCCGAAGAAGGCGUCGAUCCGGGACAACGGCGACGGCACCUACACGGUCUCGUACGUGCCCGACCUGCCGGGGCGCUACACCAUCACCGUGCGCUACGGCGGCGACGAGAUCCCCUGCUCGCCCUUCCGCAUCCACGCCGUGCCCGCCGGCGACGCCAGCAAGUGCCUCGUCACGGUGUCCAUCGGGGGCCACGGACUGGGCGCCUGCCUGGGCCCCACCAUCCAGAUCGGGGAGGAGACGGUGAUCACGGUGGACGCGAAGGCGGCGGGGAAGGGCAAGGUCACCUGCAAGGUGUCGACCCCCGACGGCGCCGAGCUCGACGUCGACGUGGUGGAGAACCACGACGGCACCUUCGACAUCUACUACACGGCGCCCGAGCCCGGCAAAUACGUCAUCACCAUCCGCUUCGGGGGCGAGCACGUCCCCAACAGCCCCUUCCACGUCCUGGCCACCGAGGAGCCCCCGGCCAGCGCUGAGACCCUCCGGCCCUUCAGCCUCGUCAUCCCCUUCACCGUGCAGAAGGGCGAGAUCACCGGGGAGGUGCGGACGCCCUCGGGACAGACGGCGCGGCCCGACAUCGCCGACAACAAGGACGGGACGGUGACGGUGCGGUUCGGCCCCGCCGAGAAGGGGCUGCACGAGAUGGACAUUCGCUACGACGGGAACCACAUCCCCGGGAGCCCCCUGCAGUUCUACGUGGACGCGGAGGACGCCCGGCACGUCAGCGCCUUCGGCCCGGGGCUGAGCCACGGCGUCGUCAACAAGCCCUGCGCCUUCACCAUCGUCACCAAGGGCGCCGGCGAGGGCGGGCUGUCGCUGGCGGUGGAGGGUCCCUCCAAGGCGGAGAUCACGUGCCAGGACAACCAGGACGGGACGUGCGCCGUCUCCUACCUGCCCACCGCGCCCGGCGACUACAGCGUCAUCGUGCGCUUCGACGACGAGCACGUCCCCGGCAGCCCCUUCACCGCCAAGGUCACCGGGGACGACUCCAUGCGGACGUCGCAGCUCAACGUGGGCACCUCGACGGACGUGUCGCUGAAGAUCACGGAGACGGACCUGAGCCUGCUGACGGCCAGCAUCCGCGCGCCCUCGGGCAACGAGGAGCCCUGCCUGCUCAAGCGCCUGCCCAACCGCCACAUCGGCAUCUCGUUCACGCCCAAGGAGGUGGGCGAGCACGUGGUGAGCGUGAAGAAGAGCGGGCAGCACGUCACCAACAGCCCCUUCAAGAUCCUGGUGGGGCAGUCGGAGAUCGGCGACGCCAGCCGGGUGAAGGUGUGGGGCAAGGGGCUGGUGGAGGGACACACCUUCGAGGUCUCCGAGUUCAUCGUGGACACGCGCAGCGCCGGCUACGGCGGGCUGGGCCUGUCCAUCGAGGGUCCCAGCAAGGUGGACAUCAACUGCGAGGACGUGGAGGACGGCACCUGCAAGGUCACCUACUGCCCCACCGAGCCCGGCAACUACAUCAUCAACAUCAAGUUUGCCGACAAACACGUCCCAGGGAGCCCCUUCACGGUGAAGGUGACGGGCGAGGGGCGGAUGAAGGAGAGCAUCACGCGGCGGCGGCAGGCGCCCUCCAUCGCCACCAUCGGCAGCACCUGCGACCUCAACCUCAAGAUCCCAGGUAGGGGCUGCCCUUCCUCCGCCUCCUCCUCCUCCUCCUUCUCCAUCCUCCUCCUCCUCCUCCUUCUCCAUCCUCCUCCUCCUCCUCCUCCAUCCUCCUCCUCCUCCUCCAUCCUCCUCCUCCUCCUUCUCCAUCCUCCUCCUCCUCCUUCUCCAUCCUCCUCCUCCUCCUCCUCCAUCCUCCUCCUCCUCCUCCAUCCUCCUCCUCCUCCUUCUCCAUCCUCCUCCUCCUCCUUCUCCAUCCUCCUCCUCCUCCUCCUUCUCCAUCCUCCUCCUCCUUCUCCAUCCUCCUCCUCCUCCUUCUCCAUCCUCCUCCUCCUCCUCCUUCUCCAUCCUCCUCCUCCUUCUCCAUCCUCCUCCUCCUUCUCCAUCCUCCUCCUCCUCCUUCUCCAUCCUCCUCCUCCUCCUCCUUCUCCAUCCUCCUCCUCCUUCUCCAUCCUCCUCCUCCUUCUCCAUCCUCCUCCUCCUCCUUCUCCAUCCUCCUCCAUCCUCCUCCUCCUCCUU